AUGAGAUCAGCCAUCUUAGCCACUUCAUGCGGUUUACGAGCUUCUUUAGCUCGACGUACACCUGUCGCUCGUCGAUUCAUCCAUUCAUCAUAUAGGGUAUUAGCUUCCGAAGCUCCAAAAGACCCAUUUGCGGAUCCAGCUUUCAAAGCUUUCCAGGAAAAAGUCAACAAUCAUGAAGGUGCUAUUAAAGCUAUAAUGGCUUUGGGAGAAGUGAUGAAGACCAAAGGAUUCGAUACAUCGAAACAACCGUCAAUGACUCAGAUGGCGAAGAUGGCAAUGGAUAAAGAAUUAAGAGAAGCUGCUCAAACGUUGAUGUCCGAAUUACAGAAGGCGGGUGUAGAUCCAAAGGAGGCGAUGGAGAUGUUCCAAAAAGCAAAUUCAGGUCAAUUGUAA